AAAACUCUGAUUUUUGCCUUUGUGUAUAGUUAAUUUUUUAAACAUAUUCUCGAUGCAGCUCAAGGUCACUCAGGAAGAUUCUGCACCAGCUUCAGGGAAUUGUCCCAACUGGAUGUCUGUCCCAGAAGAGGCAGGUGGCUGUAAGGUUCCCCUUACUGAUCUCCAAAGGGGCACUGCUGGAUUCUGAGGAGGAUGUCUGGCUCGGACCUCCCAUUGUGUUCUCACCUCACGUAGCCUGACCGCGUGUCUGAGCUGAGGAGGCCCGGCGAGGAGGGGAAUGGGCCCAGCCUCACUGCAGGAAAAGCCAGUCAGAGACACCAGGGAAGAGAUGGAGAGUUACCGCUGCCUUCUGCAGGCCGGCUCCCAGCUCCAGAGCACUCUGCAGCAGGUGACUGUCCCGAUGAGCAUGAAGGAGGUCGGCGGCUACAUUGAAAAACAGGUGGCGUACCUAUCAGGGGGCCGUGGAGAAGACUCCAGUGUCAUCAUCACUCUCCCGGAGUGCUCUGACUUCAGUGACAUUCCAGAGGAAGCUUUAGCCAAAGUCUUUACAUACCUCACUCUUAUUCCUAGAACAAGACAACCUGGAGUCAAAUUUAUCAUCAUAUUAGACCGGAGACUGGACACAUGGGCAUCUAUCAAAACUGCACUCGCCAGGAUAGCGGUUUCAUUUCCUGGGAAUCUCCACCUGGUUCUGGUGCUUCGACCUACCAGCUUCUUUCACCGUACGGUUACUGAUAUUGGCUUUCGCUUCAGCCAGGAGGACUUCAUGAUGAAGAUGCCAGUGGUGAUGCUGAGCUCUGUCACAGACCUGCUGCGCUACAUCAAUGAGAACCAGCUGACCUCAGAGUUUGGAGGCACUUUAGACUAUUGUCACAGUGACUGGAUUGUUCUACGAACGGCUAUUGAAAGUUUUGCUGUAACAGUUAAAGACAUGGCUCAAAUGCUUCAGGCCUUUGGCUCUGAGCUGGAAGAGGCAGAACUGCCCAAUGAGGGCAAAGCCAUUGAACAUCUGCUCCAGUCUCACACUGAAAAGUACAGCAAACUCAAGGAGACCAUUAGGUCAGUGUCAAAAGAGGGUCGCUACCUUCUCUCAAGUCUGGAGAACUCAGGGAAGGAGGAUGACUCUCACUGGGACAUAAAAUUGGACUGGGAGACCGUACAGAGGCUUCUCGCUCAACUCCGAGACAUGGAGUCAGCCUUUGACGGCUUCUUCGAGAAGCAUCACCUGAAACUUCAUCAAUACCUCCAUUUGCUCAGAUACGAGCAAAGCUUUCAGGAGCUGGGGUUGUGUCUGGAGCAUUUGCUGUCUCAAGAGAGAGAAGUGUCCAUAUCGGGAUACACACUGGCACAAACAGAACUGUCUCUCAGAAAACUGGAAAGUCUGGAAUCAAAUGCACAGGAGGUAAUGAGUCGAGGCCAGAUCAUUAUCCUUCAUGGACACCAGCUGGCAGCCGGUCACCACUACGCCACCGCUCUCAUUAUGCAACGCUGCAAUGAGCUUCGCCACCACUGUGAUAAGCUCAGCGCUGCACUCAAGAGCAAACGUGGUCACCUGGUGCAAAAGCACCAGCUACUCCUUUGUCUUGGACAGGCCCAGAGCUGGUGUGACGAUGUGGCAUAUCUAUUAGCCAAUCAGCUGGUGGAUAAAUUCCAGUCCAAGGAGGGGGCUCAGGCUGCCUUGAGGGACAUUGAGAAGUUCCUGGAGGGAGCACCAUCUAUGCUGAGCUCAGGAAUUGACAUUUUGGUUCUGGAGUUCGAGGCUGUCAUCACCCCUCAGCUGCAGGCUGAGAUAGUGAAAACCUUUGAGAAGCACGGUGCUGUGCAGCAGAUGAUCCAGAACCGGCAGGCCUGUCUGAGGAAGCUGGCCGAUAAACACGUGCGACCCAUCCAACUGGUGGCCCCUAGACCCGAGAAUCCACCACGAUCCAAGUCCCCACUCUUCUCCCCAAAACACGGUGAUGGAUUGAAAUUCACAUUUGACAUUUCGCUGCCUGGGAAGAAAACAUCUCGUAAGAGCCCCAACCAAAGAAAGAUAGAGGUGAUUCACGACUACCAGGAGAGCAGGAGCUGUGUGUCCUACAGUGUGGAGGGGGAGGACAGCCCAGAUCUCCUGAAGCGCUGUGUGAUGAGAGAACUCAUCGAGACAGAGAGGAUUUAUGUGGAAGAGUUGCUGUCAGUGCUGUUGGGAUACAGGGCUGAGAUGGAUAACCCAGCUCUUUCGGGUCUGCUGCCUCCCAUCCUCCGCAGUAAGAGAGACAUCCUCUUUGGAAACAUGCCGGAGCUCUACAACUUUCACAGCAGGGUUUUUCUUCAGGACCUGGAGGGAUGUCUGGAUGUUCCAGAAAAUGUGGGGGCUUGUUUUUUAGAGAGGAAAGAGCAUUUUCAAAUGUAUGAAUGCUACUGUCAGAAUAAGCUGCGCUCUGAGGCCCUCUGGAGACAAUUUUCCAACUGUGCCUUCUUUCAGGAGUGUCAAAAAAAGCUGGAGCACAAACUUGGCCUAGAUUCCUACUUGUUAAAGCCAGUCCAACGCCUCACCAAAUACCAGCUGCUGCUUAAGGAGCUCCUGAAAUAUUGUACAGAUUGUGAGGGGGCCUCUGAACUGCAGGGGGCGCUAACAGCAAUGCUGGAUCUACUCAAAUCAGUAAAUGACUCCAUGCAUCAGAUAGCCAUCACAGGAUAUGAGGGAGAUCUGUGCGAGCUGGGCCGUGUGUUGAUGCAGGGUUCCUUCAGUGUGUGGAUCAGCCAUAAAAAAGGUCCCACGCGCAUGAAGGACCUGGCUCGCUUCAAGCCUAUGCAGAGGCACCUCUUCUUGUACGAGAGAGCUCUGCUCUUCUGCAAACGCAGGGAGGAGCACGGAGACAGUGCUAACAAGACACCAUCUUACAGCUUCAAGCAUUGUCUGAAGAUGACAGCUGUAGGAAUCACAGAAAACGUCAAAGGGGAUGUUAAAAAAUUUGAGAUCUGGUACAGUGGCAGGGAGGAAGUCUACAUAGUUCAGGCUCCUACAGUGGAGGUAAAAAUGGCUUGGCUCAAUGAGCUGCGCAGAAUCCUGAUUAACCAACAGAAAUUACUCCGAGAUGAAGUGUAUCAACACGGACAAGUGGUUGAGCACAUGUCGCUUUCUCCACCACUUUCUGAGAGCAAGCAGCAGAGGGCAUCAGUGAGCUCAGAGGACACAGAGUCAGGGAGGAGCAGUCCAGACCUCCAGCCUCACUCCCCAAAACACCUGCGCAACCGUAGGAGUUGGCCCGGAGCGCAUCACUCAGUAGAUAUUUGUGAGGACCUGGGGGAGUGGUCUGGAGGUCGGGACACCUUCCAUCAUUCUGAUGUAGAGGACGAGGUUUUGGUGCAGCUGGCUCCAGGAAGAUACAGAGCUUCGGCUAACAGUCCUCAAAAUGGACCAGACAGCAUCACCAUCACUUGUGGAGACGUCAUCCAAUUUCAAAGUGAAGUCGACAAGGGUUUGUGCUUUGUGAAAAAUCUCAGUUGUCGACAAGAGGGCUUCAUAUCCGCGUCCAACCUCCAGCUGAUUACAGGAGACAACAGUCGAGGACGUUCCUCCAGAAUGAGCGUAUUUGCAUUUUCUUGCAGAUCCAGGGAAUGUGAAGUUGAGAAAGCUCAGCUCCCCGUAGAGAAGAAGGCACAGGCUGGGAUUCUAAUAUUCGCCUGUGGAUGAUGAGCAAGCACAUUCGUGGCCGGCAACUGUUCAAAUGUAGAGGAGAAAUGUGAGAAUCUAUGGGAUGUGAUUUUCUCACAUAUUUACACUGAUCAUCUUCAGGGCUGGCUUUGUGUCUCCACAGUGGAUGCUGACAUCCAAAAGUAAAGAAAGAGUACAAAAUGAAAGAAAUUUCCAAGUGAGGAUGAAUCAAAAGAACUUCUAUUAAAAAAAGUGUCACAGGAGCUGUUCUGGCCUUUUGGGACAAUCAAAAGCCAAGCCAUGGAUGCUUUUAAAUUUCCUUCUGCGGCAUGUCGGGAUGUGAGGUUGCUGCUGCUGAGUGACAAACAUUUUUAAACACUGACUUGAUCACCUUUGGAUCAUCUCAUCACAUUUUUGUCCAGG